AUGCCUGACUCAGAGUGGAACAUCAAAGGGACUCGAGUGGAGCGCGCACAUGGAAUCGACGUGAAUUGGUUCCGCGGUAUCAAACACUUUGUGAUGGUACGCCAGGCAAAGCUUUUCUAUAACAAAACCCGCACAAAAAAAUGGACCCGCGCCUGUUGUCCACCACAGGCCAUUAAUUGGUGGGUCAACUCGACGAAUACAUCGCUGUUCUCGAGUAUGCCAGAGCCGCAAUCCCGGACAGUUCCAACAGAUCCAAGAGAGACUCAGACGAGCUUGCUUCAAGGUCUUGGACAGAGAUUCGAAAGAUAUAAGAAUUGCGACACAACAACCGCUGGCUUGGCUACUGAUAUGAACCCGGUAACCGCUCAAGCCUAUGAGAUCUCGUCGCUGUUCAUCGAACCGAACCAAAGAACUCGCGAAGUAUGUCUGGCGGAUUAUGCAAAUACAGAAACCGGGCAAAUGGUACCUGUUACUAGACUCUCGAUAGCUUCUGGGCCCUUCCAAGUUAUUACAUCAUGGAGCACCUGCGACAACGCCGGUGAAUUACGCGCAGAACUAGACCUCCGGGAGGCUCACGGCUAUCCACAGAUGAGGCAUGUUUCAUCUCCGAUUGGCCGAAAGUAAAAAUUCUACGUAUAGGUUGAUAUACAGGACAAACUCGUAGGGUGGUUUGGGCAAAGGUAAUUUAGUAAUUCUGAUUUGAAGAAGACUUGCUAGUCAAAUGAUGUGUUGAUGGUAUAAAGCCCUACUAAGUCAUGUUUCAUUGGUGUGGGUCGAUAGUUGAAUAAAUAUCAUCGAUGCAAGGCGACAUACAAUCAGAAUACGCCCCUAUAAACGUCUAUAGUCCGCGAGCCUCGAGACGACUGCGGAAGAUCUUCUGGAACUGGGGGACGUGGUCCAAGUCCAUGAGAGUGUAGUGUUCCCCAGGAACAUCAGUAAAUGAUGCCUCGGCGCGGCUGAAGUCAGCCCACGCCGCGCGACGGCUGUAGCCAGACCAUGGCUUGAGCUGGUUGUUGAUCCACUCAACCUUGGAUCCAUCAAAGGCAGUGAUCUGCAUAACAUCGAUUACGG